AUGGCGAGCUGUCUGCGCCUCCUCCUGCUCCGUGCCUUGCUGGCUGGCCUUCUGCUGCCUGGGGCGAGUGUAUUCAUUACUCGGGAACAUGCCAACAGCGUCCUGCAGAGGGCAAGGAGGGCAAAUUCAUUUUUAGAAGAGAUAAAGAAAGGAAACCUUGAAAGAGAGUGUAUGGAAGAGACUUGCUCCUACGAAGAGGCCCGAGAAGUCUUUGAAGAUGAUGUCAAAACGAAAGAAUUCUGGAACAAAUACAAAGAUGGCGACCAGUGUGAAAACAAUCCUUGCCAGAACCAGGGCGAGUGUCGAGAUGGCCUCGGGGAGUACAUCUGCACCUGCUUGGAAGGAUUCGAAGGCAAAAACUGUGAAUUAUAGUCUUUUCCCUGUGGAAAACUUACUGUGGGACGCAGUAAGAGGUCAGUGGCACAGGUCAACAACGGCAGCGGAAGCCCCGCAGAAAACUCCACCCUGGAGCGGUACGACCCUGAAAAGGAGGCUUUACUCGUCAACGAGGAAAAUGAAGGGUUUUGUGGAGGCACCAUUCUGAAUGAGUAUUACAUCCUCACUGCGGCUCACUGUCUCCACCAAGCCAAAAGGUUCACGGUGAGAGUAGGUGAUCGGAACACAGAAAAGGAAGAGGGCAAUGAGAUGGCACACGAAGUGGAAAUGAUAAUCAAGCACAACAGAUUUGUCAAAGAAACCUACGACUUCGACAUCGCCGUCAUAAAACUGAAGACCCCCAUCACAUUCCGGAUGAACGUGGCUCCUGCCUGCCUACCGCAGAAGGACUGGGCUGAGUCAACACUGAUGACGCAGAAAACAGGGAUUGUCAGCGGAUUCGGGCGUACCCACGAGAAGGGCCGCAUGUCCACCACCCUCAAACUGCUGGAGGUGCCCUAUGUGGACCGCAACACGUGCAAGCUGUCGAGUAGUUUCACAAUCACCCAAAACAUGUUCUGUGCUGGCUAUGACUCCAAUCCUGAAGAUGCUUGUCAGGGAGACAGUGGGGGUCCCCACGUCACUCGCUUCAGAGACACCUAUUUUGUCACUGGGAUUGUAAGCUGGGGAGAAGGAUGCGCAAGGAAAGGAAAAUACGGAAUCUAUACCAAAGUCACCUCCUUCCUCAAGUGGAUAGACAGGUCCAUGAAGGCCAAGGCUGGGGUCCAUCCGCAGGCUCCAUCCACUUGA